UGCAUUUUUCUUUACAUUUAGCAUUUUAAGAUUUGUUUUGAACAUUUUCGUUUACAUUUUUAAGCUCAUUUCAUUUAAGUUUUGAUUCCAUUCAAGGUAAGUGAACAAAAUGUGCUCGACAUUUGCCGGGAUUCGAUUUCUUCCUUUAUUAAUUCAUAUUUUUUAUGUUUUUUGUGAGAAAACGAAAAGCACAUUUUUUCUAAACUUUAAAAUAGUUUUUUUUUUUUUUAACUGGAUCAGCUGUUUUCCUGUAAACUAAAUGGAAGAUUUUCAUUUUUUUUCUUGAUGUUUUCAUUCGUAUUUUUAGUUUUUAAUCCCUAAAUCCCAAAAGCAAACAUCAGGAAUUACACCUGGAUUAACAUUUUCUAACAUGCACGCGCGCAUCUCCUCAAUGAAGAGCAGUCGUGCGCGCACGCGCGCAAACAGCUCCUUGCGCUCGUGAGCUGCACGCUCCAUCUGCUGAGGUGAGCUCGCGGACGGACCAGCCGACCCGUGCCUGGCUCUACCCGGAACCAUUAUGCUGACAGGAAACGACCAUUUUACCGCUGGCAGCAUUGGAGGAGCCGUCGUCCACGGAGGGGGGCUCUGGGAGCUAAACGGGGCGGAACGGGGAGAAAAGCGGGGAUAAACAGAAAACAAAGGCGGCCGCGAGGGUGAGGAAGCGCGGGGAGCCGGACUAGCUCCAGGGCCACGGGGUCGCGCGAUGAACUUAUUGGACCGAACCGGCGGAAACGGGAUCCGUUUGUGAGCGAAAAGCAACCCUCCCGGGCCGAUGGGGAUCCGGGCCUUCCUCUGGUGUUAUCCAUGGAUGAUGAAAAGGGCCCCACGGACUGCCAGUAGAGACCCCACAUCUGCAGCGUACCCCCGUCUGAGUACUAGCACCCGCGCGGCAGUGGUUCUGAGCGGGUUCCGUGUGCACAUGGCACGCGGUUCCAGGUAAACAAAAACAAACGCCGUCCCCUGUAGGACUGUUUACUAGAGCUAGCAGCCAGGCUAACAGCAGCUAAUGGCUAAGCUAACGAUCGUCCGGCUGAAGUUUCUGGUUGAAGGUGCACACACGGAGAAGACUUUUAUUUCUCUAAAGCCCGGUGGUCAACAGGGAGCCCCGGAUCCGACUUGGCCGACUCUGCCCCGUCCAGCAGAAUCAAUGACGGAACAAAACACAGUUGAAGGUUCCUCCACUAAAAAAAGAUGAAUGCCCUUCACUUCGUGGGACGGCUGAUUUAAAGAAAAUAAAUCAACUUUGAAUCAUGGAACACUUAAAAAAAACACUACAGACUUUAUUUUUUACUGUUAUGUAGAAUAAUUCCAACUUUAAAGAAAACCCAAAGCACUUGAGUGGAAAACAAAUGAGCAAAUCUUUAUGUGGCGACAUUCUGGUGGAAUUCAUUGAAGGUUUGGCGUGAACUGCUGCCAAAGUUUGAAAGGGACUCUCAGCUGCUUCCUGCUGCUACAGUUUCUGCACGCGUGACAACACUUCCUUUUGGGGAGAUGUUUCAGUUCAGCAAGUACCCCAUGGACAUUUUAGAGAUGCUAAGUGGACACCAGGCCCACCAGUUCAAAGGGCUGGGUCUGGAGCGGCAGCUGAGCCACCAGCAGCAGGUGCAGCUGCAGCAUCAGCAGCAGCUGCAGCAGCAGCACCAGCCGUCGGCGGACUCCUCCGGGGGCUUGCUGUCCGGCCUGGGCCUGGGAUCCCUGCAGAGCUCUCGCAGCAAUGCUUUUGCCGAUUCCUCCUCGCUGUUUGCCAAAAUUACCGCCCCAUCGUCGGCCAUCACUCAUCAGAGCCAGUCGUCGUCCUCGUCCCACAGCUCCAGGAAGUCCAGUAAGAUGAACAGCAGCGCGGGAAGUGGGGGCACGUCGUCUGGAUACCCCCAGUUCCUGCGACCGUUCCACCCCGCUGAAGCGCUGGCUCAGGAGCAGCUCCAUUCAGGGAUGGGACGCUUUGACUUUGGCGGGAGCGGCGGUGGAGGCAGCGCCGGGGUGAUAGGCGUCACCGCGGCACCCCCACCGCCACCCCUGCACCCCGGCCUCUCUGUUCCCCAGCCCUCCCCGGGCGCCGCCUCCUCCUCGCCCUCUCCCUCCACCUCUGUGGCGGCCUCCAACAACCCGUCUGGCAGCACUUCUGUCCCACUGGUGGGGCAGUCUGACCCCCGGAGCCUCCACCAGCAGUUCAGCUGCAUGCUCGCCGCCAACCAGUACUUCCUGUCUGGUGUCCCCACCAACAGCAGCCUGGAGCAGUUCCUCGUUCAACAAGGCACCCACAACCACCUGGGUCUGGGCCUCAGUCAGGGAUCCACGGAGGCGAACUCCGCCCUGGCUCCACCCCCAGCCCUCCACUCCUCCCACGGCCACACAGCUCCCCAGUCUCAGCAGCAGCAGCAGCAGCUCACCCCUCACGCCUUAUCCCACCCGCACAGCCAUGCGCACCACCCCCACCCCCUCCAUCCUGCCCCCCAGCCCGCCUCGCUGGGCGGCUUCGACUUCCAAGGUAUUCCAGUGCUUUCCUCCAAUCAGAUCGCAUCACUGAUGCAGCAGGAGGCUGGUCUGCCCCUCCCCCUUCCCAUUCACCUGUCGCUGUCUAAAGACGAGAAGCCGGGUGACAGCGCGUCCUCGGCAGCUUCUGGUGGGGGGAGCAGGAGGAAGAAAGCCAUGGCUGGUUACCUGCCGCAAAGAAAGACUGACAGCAGCAACACGCUGAGCAGCUGCCACAGCGCCGGCUCCUCCUCGCACAACCAGGCGGCUUCAUCUGGCCUGGUAGGGGGAGGGUCCGGGACCAUUGGGCUGAGCGAACCUCCGCACCCCUCCCUCCUGUCGCCUUCACCGCAGCAGCAGCAGCCUGUCUCGUCCUCCGUUUCUUCCUCCACAUCCGCCCCCUCUUCCUCAAACUCCACCUCUGUGCUUGUUGCCAACGGUAACCAGCAGCUGCCCAAAUCUCAAGAUGGUCACACUAAUGGCUCCUCAGGGCAACCGGAACCAGAACCUCUGUACCACUGCGGCGAGUGCGGGAAAACUUUCACCCACCUGUCCAGCCUCCGACGGCAUCUCCGCAGCCACGGCCUGACGCCAGAAAGCCAAAGCAGGAAGUUGGACUGUAACUCCCCCAGCCCGGAGAGGAUAUUCUGCUGCGGGGAGUGCGGGAAGAGGUUCAAAAAGAGAGGCCACCUCAUCCAGCACAGCGUCACGCACUCUGAGAACCGCCCCUUCGUCUGCAGCAUCUGCCAGAAGUCUUUCAACCGCAGGGAGUCCCUCACGCGGCACGAGAAGAUCCACGACGAAAAGCCUUUCCGCUGCCCAGCUUGUGGGCGUUGUUUCCGCGAGAGCACCUCCCUCCUUAACCAUGCUGCUUCUGGUGCCUGCGGCAAACCGCCGCGCAGCUCCAAGAACCGAGCGAGCGGCGGCGGACCCCCGUCCUCUAAUCCGAGCAGCAGCAAAAUGACCAGCAGCGGGAAUGGAGUGGAGAUCUCAAAUGAUGGUGCGGCGACGGAAAACAAAUACUCCGCAGAUUUUUCCAGAAAUCGCUACCAAAAUCAGACGCCUUACAACAGCGUGGUUGACGACUACCGGCGAUCGCAAACCGCAUCGCUGUACACUUCAGAGAGCACGCUCGCCAAUGAAAUCACCAACCAAACUCUCCGAAAGGCCCCUUUAGCCCCAACACUACACCCACACCCCCAGAACCAGCAGCACCACCACCAACCACAGCAGCCCCACCUCCCCCUGUCCUCCCUGUUGGAUGAUUCAGAGGACGAGGUGACGAGCAGCGCCAUGUCGGCCAUCGCUGCUGCUGCCGCCGCCUCCUGUGACAUAAACACAGAGACUCGGGAAGGGGAGCGGCGGGAUAUCAUCGGAGGCCUGCUGGGGGGGUUGGGGUUUGGUAACUUGGGCGGGCCCUCGUCUACGUCAUCUACCCUCAACGGCUCCACCAUGCCUUUAACGCACCCCAGCCAGCCCAACGCCAAACCCCGGCGGCCGCGGAAGCCCCGCGAGAAAAGAGACCCAAACACCAUCGUGAGGAGGAGGAGGAGCCCAGCGCCCCCUGGCGACGGCUCCGAGAGGCCCUACGGCUGCCAGAUCUGCGGCAAGCGCUUCAGGAGGGCGGAAACGCUGAGGCGGCACAACCGCGUCCACACGGGCGAGAAACCCCACGCCUGCGAGGUGUGCGGCAAAAUGUUCCGCGAGCCGUUCCACCUCACCAAGCAUCUGACUGUGCACUCGGGCCAGAAGAACUACAAAUGCAACCUCUGUGGGAAGCUGUUUGCGUACGCGCAGAGCCUGGUGAGGCACGGGAAGUUACACAGAAAAGGCGAGAUCGACAGCCAGGGGAGGAGGAUCAAAGGCGGCGCAAUCAGCCAGGUCGCCAACUCGGAGAACUAUUUCUCCUCCUGCUCUCAAGAGGAGAAGUCUCCGACGUCCGGCACCCCCUCUCAGAGACUUUACACCUGCACCGUGUGCUGGAAGUCGUUUCGCCAUUACUUCCACCUCACGGCGCAUCAACAGACUGUUCACGGCGGGGGGGUGGGGCUGGAGAAGUCUUUCCGCUGUGAGGUGUGCGGCAAAGCUUUCGCCUACUCCAAUAGCUUAGUGCGGCACAAACUGUCCCAGCACGGCAUCGACCGCAACGGCCAGAGGGUGGACCAGAGUCAGCCCUCGGGCUACUCGCCGCUCUUCUACGACUCCGCUUCCAGCUACGCCGCGUCGUCCCACGUGCAGCAGGGGGGGUCCGAGCCGCCGCCACCACUACCUCCUCCUCCGCAGCAGCAAGAACAGGAGCACCAGCUGCAGCAUCCUUUCCACUACAGUGCAAAAAACUUUCAGAAGCCUCACGGACACCCCCAGAAACAGAGAAAGAAAAAACGGCGUGUGGUCAUCCACAGCAUCAUGAGGGACGGCAAACUGGUGGGGGUCCCCCUGAGCGAGGACACCCGCCGGAAGCUGAUGAUCCUACGGAGGAAGAGGGGGAAACUACAAGCACAGAUCAAACAGAAAAAGCUCUUGGCCCAGCUGAGGAUAAAGGGGGGCAUCAUGAAGGUGAAGUCUUGGUGCGGGGGCGCGGUGCGAGUCACGGGGCUCACCUCUUUAGACGUUUCCAUGAAACGCUUCCCCUGCCCCGUCUGCCCCAGCACCACCUACACCAAACGCGGCUUCCUGCUGGUCCACCACGCGGUCAGGCACCCUCCCCGCAGCUCGGGCCGCCACGCCCGCCUGCAGUGCCAGGUGUGCGGGAGGCGGACCUCCUCGCUGUUCAGAGCUUUGAAGCACCGGGGGCGCCAUCUAAAACAAGCUGCCUUUCAAUGCCGCAAAUGCCGACGCCGCUUCUGGAGCCCCCAGCUCCUGACGCGCCACAACUUCUCCUGCCGGGGUGGGGGCUCCAGCAUAGGGGGACUAUUAAAAAUGAGGCCGAGUCACGGUUUGUCGGACCAGCUGACCGUCCCAAGCCUGGUCCCGCCUGAGAGAUCGGCUGUUCUCAACGACUACAACCAGUGAACCUUUUUUAGACUAGUUUGUCUUUAAUGUCUGAUUUUUACUAAAAAGUUUUGAACAAAAAAAAAAUAAAAAUCAUAAGGAGAUUGUGGGAGGAGUCUGUAGCUUGACGUCCCCGCCUCCUCCUUAAGAACCAGUAUACAACCCCAUGAGGUAGUAGAGCGCAGUCGCGUGACCCCCCCCAGCUGUUCCUCAACCAUUCGGUUUGAGAAAUGAAAGCAAGCACUCCAUCGUCAGUGUUCCAGCAUCAACGUCGUACGUUUUUGUCGUUUUUUCCGCAGUCUGACUGUGUCGUCCUCGUCUCCAAACUCACUUUUUAUACCUAAGCUAACAUUUGCCCAAAUGUAAAGGAAACUUUUUAGAAUUUUUUUGGGGGGGCAGGAAGUAGCUCAUGAGAAGAGUCGUCACAAAGCGGAGUUUAAUCAAAUGAAAAGGAGAGAAAAAGAUCGUGUUGUGACUUUUUUAACGUACACUACUUUAGUCAUUUUUUUAAAGGCGACUUAAACUGUUUAUGUGUUCAAAUUUGAAAAGUGUAUUGUACAUUUUAGUAUUUUAUUAUAUAUUCCGUUUUAUUUUUUUUACGUUCUUUCAUCCACGUUUUGUGUCCCAUAGGCGGUUUUUGGGGAUGAGUUUUUCGUAAACCAGCGGGAUGAGUCCACGUUUCCAUGUGACAAAUACUUUUUUCCUCCCUCUCUCCAUCCGCACACUUUGCACCCCAUUUCUGUCAGAAGAGCGUCUGCAUAGAUCCUGUCCACACGUGCUUCUGUUUUCUGUCAAACUAAACAUGUAAUAUUAUUACUAAAAUAUUAUCCUCUUUGCCUAAAAGUGAGUUGUUGAAAACCCUCAAGUGAAAUAAAAAUUUCAAAUACUUUGAAUAUGUGAAAAGUUCCUCACUGAAAGGAUUUUUUUGGUCAUUUUUGUUAAUAAAAUAAGAUGGAAAUGUUU